AUGAAAAUCUUUCUGGUUCCCUGCUUGAUUGUAUCCACGAUACUAAGCGUGCAAGGAGCGGUGGAUGAAACUUUGGUCGAACGAGCAAGAGGAUUCGCCGUGGUUCAAUCCGUCUGUGCCAAAAUCAAUUUGGCUUGCAUCUUCCCGGAAGAUAAGUUGAUUCUAAGGAGGAUUGCCUAUGUUGAAUCGAACGAUGGCCUAGAUGGAGAUGCAUAUCAACCUGGCUAUUAUGGAGGCAUUUGGAAGGUUGACGAAUCAAACUUUUUGGCCACUAAAUCGUUGAAUCCUUCUCUUCAAUCCAGCAUUUACGCAGAAUUCAAUAUAGAUUGGAAAACUGUUAGUUGGAAAGAUUUGUUGAAACCGUUUUAUUCUGGUCUAGCGGCACGCAUUUAUUUGUCAAUGGUGUCGCCCAAUAUUCCAAGGUCUGCUGAAGAUCAAGCUCUGCUUUGGAAUCAAAAUUACAGAAAGAACGGUCAAACGUCAGUUUUCGUGGACAAAGUUAACAAGUUGAACACUGGCUGCAAACAAGGAGUAGCCGACAUAGCACUGAUUGUUGAUGGAUCUGGCAGCAUUGGAAUCAAUAAUUUCAACGUCGUUAAAAGUUUUUUGAAAAAUUUAACUGAAUCGUUGAACAUUGGUCCGGAUCCUGAAUUGCACACAAGGAUCUCCGUGGUUCAGUUCUCUAAUAGCGUGCAACAGGAAUUUGAUUUAAAUGAUCACUCAACACUCGCUGGUUACGGGACUGCUGUUGAUAAGAUGGGAUAUUUAAACUCAGGAACCGCAACUAAUAUUGCUCUUGAUUUUUUGGCGACCGAAUCCUUUUUGCAAAGUUCAGGAGCAAGAGGAGCUGGUAUUCCAAAAAUUGGCAUUGUUAUGACUGAUGGACAUUCGAACAAUUUGCGCGACACUCUGGAAGCCGCAAAACGUUUGCACCAGAAGGACAUCACUGUGAUUGCGAUUGGAAUUGGUGAAAAUAUAAACAACGAAGAACUGAAGGCCAUAGCAACUGAUCCAGAUUGCAAAAAUGUGUUUCGUCUUGAUGGGUUUUUCGAUUUAGAAGCACUCAAGGAGUCAAUCGAGAUAACUACUUGUGAAGCUCCGAUAUAUGUUUCUAAUGAAGAGCCAAUGAAUUUCACACUUCCACCGUUUGAAUCAAAAAAUAUUAAGAUAACUGUCUCUCCCUCUGGCCUAACAAUUGAGAUAGGCGGAGGAGAUGGUGUUGUUUUCUUUUCUAAUGAAACCUACCCAACUUCUUCGUUUUAUGAUAUGAAAAUCAACAUGUUCUUCGACAUACCUGCUGUGGCUUAUUUCCCGGGUAGCACGAAGCUCAUAGAUAGAUAUGUGUACAGUCGUAUCGAGAGUAACACUGACAAACCCUGCUCCUAUGAAAUUGAAACCGUAAACAAAGAAAUAAAUCGUUGCGAUCCAAAUCCUUGUCCUAGUCAUCAAAAAUGCGUUCCUAAGAAGCAUUUCUCAUAUGGCUGUAUUGACGAGCCAAGAACAUCAACAACCUACAACUGCGAAGAUAAGAACCCGUGCACGAAUGAAAAUGCUGACCUUGGUAAGUUUUUCUUCCCACACGACGACCGCACCAAAUACGUGCAGUGUGGCCAGUGGGAAACAUGCCAUGAAAUGACGUGCAGGCCUGGUAUGGUUUGGAGUUCAAGGGCCAACACUUGCGUCAUGUCUUAA